AAGAGAUUGGUAGAAGCUAGUGACGACCCUGAAGUAGUACAGAACGCAAACGUGAGCUGGGAGAGGAAUGCGUUGAAAGAGUGCGGCUGCUGUAGGUUAUUGCAAGUGGAGGACUACCCGAACUCUGCGUGGUAUGAGGGAAGCAGCGUGAUAUUAUUGAAGAAUGAGACAAGAAAAUUAGGCAAAUGAGAUGGUUGCGCGUAUACUUUAUUGCAGCGUGGAAGAAUAAUCAAUGCCCACUUUUUCCAGGGCAAAAUGGGCUCAGAUGCGGUUGAACUAACGUGAGCGCAAUCUGGGGUUGACUCCGAGAGGCUCUGCGCGCUCUCUGCGCAGGAGGUUUAACAUUGGUGACAGUUUAAUAAAGAAUAGAAAAAGCUUCUGUUGUUGAGGUCUUUACUCCAACAUCCCAUCAAAACUGUGGGCGCAAAGAAACGAAUGUCAAUAGACAGUAUGACGGCCGUACGAAGCGCCCAUGCACAUAAUGGGAGCUCUGCUGGAUCAAAGGAGGAUGGACAAAACACACCGAGCCCGGUUAACACCGGCCCCAAUACAAACGUAUUUCCACCGGCAGACACCGGCGAAGACAAGUCUGGGUCUUCCGUCGGUGAACUAACUCAGACAUGGAUUCAGUUUACAAAGACAUUCGUGCUCAUUUUUCCCAUAUAUGUUUUGGGAUAUUUUGAAUUCAGUUUCAGUUGGCUCUUAAUAGGACUUGUAAUAUUUUUCUGGUGGAGGAGAAACACAGGAUGCAAGAACACCCGACUGUACAGAGCCUUGGCGUUCUUUGAACAGGAAGAGAGAACUGUCAAACAAAGUCUGACAGCUUCUGAUUUGCCAUCAUGGGUCAACUUCCCAGAUGUGGAAAGAGUAGAGUGGCUGAACAAGACUGUGAGACAGAUGUGGCCGUAUAUUUGUCAGUUCAUAGAGAAGCUGUUCCGCGAGACUAUCGAGCCGGCCGUGAAGGGAAUCAACUCCCACCUCAGCACGUUCCGCUUCAGCAAGAUCAACAUGGGGGACAAGCCUUUAAGGAUCAACGGGGUCAAGGUUUACACAGAGAAUGUGGACAAGCGUCAGAUCAUCAUGGACCUACAGAUCAGUUUUGUUGGAAAUACUGAAAUUGAUGUGGACAUCAAAAGAUACUACUGCAAAGCUGGUAUUAAGAGCAUACAGCUCCAUGGAGUGUUGAGAGUAGUCAUGGAGCCAUUGCUAGGUGACAUGCCCCUGAUAGGAGCCUUGUCCCUGUUCUUUCUGAAGAAACCCCUUUUGGACAUCAACUGGACAGGCCUCACCAAUAUACUAGACAUUCCUGGGCUCAAUGGCUUGUCUGACAGUCUAAUUCAGGACAUGAUCUACAGCUACCUGGUGUCACCCAACCGCAUCACUAUCCCACUGGUGGGGGAUGUAGAACUUGCUCUGCUACGUUUCCCUAUGCCAAAAGGAGUCCUGAGGAUUCACUUCCUGGAGGCUCAGGACCUGGAAGGGAAGGAUAAAUUCCUGGGUGGCCUGAUCAAGGGGAAGUCUGACCCUUACGGCGUCCUCCAUAUUGGAAACCAGCUCUUCCAGAGCAAGACCGUCAAAGAGAGCCUGCACCCCAAAUGGAACGAAGUUUACGAGGCACUGGUAUAUGAGCACUCAGGCCAACACCUGGAGAUUGAGUUGUUUGAUGAGGACCCAGACAAAGAUGAUUUCCUGGGGAGCCUGAUGAUCGAUAUGAAAGAGCUUCACAAAGAGCAGAAGGUAGAUGAGUGGUUUGACCUGGAAGAAGUCUCCACGGGGAAACUACACAUGAAACUGGAGUGGCUCUCUCUGCUCUCUACCCCUGACAAGAUGGACCAGGUAUUAAGGAGUGUGCGAGCUGACCGCAACCUGGCCAAUGAUGGACUCUCGUCUGCUCUGCUGGUGGUGUACUUGGACUCAGCCAAGAACCUGCCGAGCAACCUGUUUAAUUUCAACCAUGACGUGUUGAAGCAAGCCUCUGUCUUUAAGUCCCGGAAGUCCGGCAAGAAAACGAGCAGUGAACCAAGUCCUUGCGUUCAUUUCACAGUUGGGAACAAAUCAUUUGAGAGUAAGAUCCGCCAUAAAACCAAUGAGCCCAUGUGGGAGGAAGCUUUCUCCUUCCUCAUCCAUAACCCCAGGAGGCAGGAGCUGGAAGUGGAGGUGAAGGACGACAAGCACAAGUGCACCCUGGGUAACCUUACAGUCCCCUUGAGUGGUCUAUUGGUGGAAGAGGACAUGAUGUUCACUCAGCAAUUUUCCCUGAGGAACUCUGGACCCAGCUCCACACUCAAACUGAAGUUGGCACUCAGGGUUCUGUUUCUGGAGAAGCAGACGCGUGCGUCGGAACAGCCCUCCUCUGUCCAAGUGAGGAAAGCCAGCGUGGUCAACCCCAUCGUCCCCUCCCAGAGACUCUCCACAUCGGAGUCACCUCUUCCCCCAGACACCAACCCCCCAACACCACCAAUGGAGGCCGCCACCUACACCCUCCAUCGCAGAGAGGAGCAGAGGGAGGAGCUGUACGCAGGCAGCCCCAUCAGGAGCACCUCCAUCAGGAGCACCUCCAACCUGAACACCACCAUAUCCAGCUCCCAGAAACACCUGCCCCACAAGGACUCCAUGGCCAGCCUGGCUUCGGACAUCUCCCUGCCCUUCGCCACCCUAGAGCUGCAGCAGAGGCUCAGGCAGCUGCAGAAUGGGUCUGCCCCUAGUCCAUACCCCAUGGGGGAGAUUCAACUGACUGUCCGUCACAGCUCCCAGAGGAACAAGCUCAUCGUGGUGGUGCAUGCCUGUCGAAACCUCAUUGCGUUCGCCAAGGAUGAAUCAGAUCCUUUCAUUCGGAUUUAUCUGCUCCCUGACAAGAGCCGGACAGGCCCGAGGAAGACCGGCAUCAUAAAGAAAACCCUGAACCCUGUGUAUGAUCAAACGUUUGAGUUUAGUGUGUCCAUGGUGGAGCUGCACAGGAGAACUCUGGACAUCGCUGUGAAGAAUGGAGGAAGUAUACUGUCCAAACACAGAGGACUCCUCGGGAAGGUGAUGGUGGAUUUGAGUGGUGAGGAUAUAUCCAAGGGCUGGACGCAAUGGUAUGACCUCACUGAAGAUGGUAGCCGCAAAACGGUCCAGGCAUAGAGAGGGACAUAGGAAGACCUUCACCUCCAUAAUCAUAAACACACAUCCUGCUGUUUCAACCCUAGUGACAUUCAAUUCAAAAAGGCUUUAUAGGCAUGACAAAAAUCACAUUUUGUAUAUCCAAUUGACAUUCAUAGAAACACACCACUCUGCUUUCAUUUAGUGUUAUCACUUAUCAAAGGGGACAUCAUUUUAAUUUUCUUAGUUUUUUUCCCCUUUCAUUUGUGUUUUAUAUCAUGUUGACGCAUGUAGAGAUACAACUUGAAGUGUCGCUGCAACGUGCUGUUCCUGCACUAUUGAAAGAUGUCAAAGUUUCACAAAAUUGUCCUGAUUUUGGUUAAUGUGUCAUAAAGCACAUUUACUGCCUUGUUUUCUAACUUGUUCAGUGUUUAUAUAUGCAUAAAUGGACUAAAUCGUUUUCAUUGUUAUUUGUUACUAUUGAAGGAAAUUACGUUGGAAUCCUAUUUGUUUUCUUUGACAUUGAAUGGACUGCAUAUCUAUUGAUGUGACUGUAAUUCCCAUCAAAAGGACAGAUAUUGCUACUAUGGAAGUUACAAGAUGUAAACAAGGAUGACCAGUUAAUUUGUUUUAUAUGUUUUUGUCAUGCAGUGUUAUUUGGUCUAUGUUUACUUUUGCCUAUUUUCUUCAUGCUAACGGUAAUCAAUUACUCCUACAGUGAUCAAAAGUCCUACCACUGGAUUCACAUUUAAAAAAUAUAUAUAAAAUGAUUGUUCAGUAUAUUCUAUACUGUAUAUUUUGAAGGAUCCAGUGCAAUUUAGAAUUAUGUUCAGAUGAAGGGGUAUGUCAGGGCGGGGAUAUGUUCUGCUCUGGUGUACAGUAAUAGUAUAUCUAAACAGAUAAGAGUUUGAGUUGUUUAUUGUACUAAAUCAUUUGUAAAUGAAUAGAGGACCAUAUAUGAAUGGUCUCUUACACCAGACACAUUAUGCCAUUUUUCAAAAAAAAAAAAUUGCAACAUUGUGUGAAGUUUUGUUUUUAUUUUGUCGAAUGAUGACAGAAUGUGCCAUAGGCUACUCCUGUACGUAUAAGCCAUGCAAUGCUGUUUUUAUCUUGAAACACGUUCAUAUUAUGCAUUACAAACAUCUUAAAUACUCUGUCAGUUAUCUUUCCUGUGCCUUAACACCUUCACACUUACUGUACAAAUGUACAUGAAACAUUAAGGAAUCAAGUUCUCACAUUUGGAAUAAGUAUAUUCAUGGUUUGUUUUGAAUAAUAAAAGAGAUGUUUCUCUUUAAUAAAAAAAAAAGGUUAAUUUAAAGUUAUGUGUAAUGACUAGAUUUCCCUGUGAAAAUUUGACUGGUCCUAAAUACAUUGUAAGCCUUUGUAAGACUUUCUAUGUCUGAGAGUAUGUAUCUAACUAGGUCCUUGUUUUGCUGUACAUAAGCUCCAUCUAGUGGUUUUUCAGACGCAACUUUAGUUGAGGUUCUUUUAAUUUAUAAUGACUUACUAUUGUGUUACUUUAUCAUUUAAAAAUAACCAAUACAAAUGAGAGAGACACUAACACAAUGUGUGUGUGUUUACAGAUUACUUUAAAGGCCCGGCCCAGAGCAGUCAAUCUUUAUUUUCUGUAUAAGGUUGAAAUAAAACUGUGAAAUUGUCAAAAUGAUGAUCACGCCCUUUUAGUGUAAGAGCUGUUUAAAUAAAUUGCAUGACAUUCCA